UAUCCGCCUGAUACGAGCCCAGCCGUCCGCUCGGUCAGAGGAUGCUCAUUCUAUCAGGAUGCGCAAGCCUGCGCAGCAAAUAUCUCAUUGCUAUGUAACAACCGUUCAACGGAGAUUCUGGCCAAGUAUGGUGACGGAUUGAUAAAGAACCCUUACAAGCCACACACAAGUACACCAAUAGCUGACCUCUACAGCUUGUCAUAUCUGUGGACUUCUGGCUUGUCCUUUGGUGCAGCAGUGAUUUUUACAGUGAUCGGAAGUUUUGCUCUUGAAACCAAAGACGACCGACUUAAAGAGGUGGAUCCUAAAUUACUCUUCCCGCUUAAGGCUUGGCUACGUGGAUUUUUGCCUGGUCACAAAUUUACCUGGGACGAAGAAAACGAUCUCGCUGUUGAAGAUGAAAUAGAGAUGGAGAACGAUCCGGACCAGACAAAGGAAGACACAAGAUUGUAAUCAAACGUGUCUGGACCGAAUAAAUCAUUUCAGGGGAUUAGCAUCUAAUUUUCUACAAGAGCAGCAGCAAAUGCAAGCAUAUAUUCCAAUAAAAUGUUAAAUGACGACACUGGUGGUUUCUGAUUGGCGUUUCGCUGGCGCGAGAGAGAAACGAGGGACGGAGACGAGAGAGGAGUGAAGAGUACAGAGUCCCCGCUGCUCCGGCGUUUCUCUCUCUUGCAACGAGUAAAAUUCAAAUUUGAAACCGCCAGCUACACAAUAAAAUGUUUGAGAUCGCUCAAAAAAACAAAUUGUUUUCAAAUCUUUACAGUAAUAUAUCAGUUUCUUAAGUAGCUAGUGUAUUAACAUUUUUAUGCCAUGCAAUAACGAAGCACGCGAAGUCUAAAAAUAGAAUGCAAAUUAUUGGAACCCCGCGACAGACAGACAACAUAAGCGUGUUCUGAGUGAAAUAGGAGAAAAAUGAACGCCAAAUUUUCGUUUUAAAAAUUGUUUUAGAAACACUUGCUUACGCGCUUGAAAGAGCGUCAAAUCUUCUACCUUUCCGUUUUGUUUGUCUGAGUUUGUCUGAGUUAUGACGUCACUCGCGCGCUUCGCUAUUAGUCAGUGCUAAUGGUAUUAAGGAGUUUCGAUUAUUUGUUGAUUGGCGUAAUCUCCGCUAAGCAGAACCCGCACGAAAUACUUAUAUUCAUAAAAUAGUAUAGCAGCUGAAUUACAUUGUGUGCCUGACUAGACGACUUGUGAUAAAUGCUGAAAUGUCAACGAGUUCAUUUUUCCAUUGUAAUAGUAUUGUAUCCCGAGAUUGUUGAAUAAAGGUGCUUGUUUGAUCUCAUAAAUGAUGGUGAGCUAUAGAAUGGCAGUUCAGCUGCCACAUUUUACAAAGGGUGGUGUUUAAUCUCUUCUAUAUUUUUGUUUUGAUUUACAUAAUCUAAUACUUACUUUGAAGGAACAUCUUGAACAGUGCUAUAGGGUUUAAAACCAAUGCGAUUACUGCUUUCUUUAGCAGCCAGGGCAGGAUUGUUCAAAGCCCGAUUAGGCUAACCGAGGAUUAGCGAGAAAUUUGAUUUCAGUUUUUUUAAC